AUGUCAAAAGAACAAAUAAAAAUCUUACCUGGAUUCGACAACUGGCGCAACAGACGCAGCCACAAUUGGAGCAGAUUCCUCUCUGCUUCUUCAACGGGAGCCGACUCUGCAACUGGCGUGUCCUCCACGGGGGCUGCUUCUUCAACAGGAGCGGCUUCUACUGGAGCUGCUUCUUCGACAGGAGCAACUUCUACAGGGGCUGCUUCUACUGGAGCUGCUUCUUCAACAGGAGCAGCUUCAGCAGGGGCAGCUUCUACUGGAGCUGCUUCUUCAACAGGAGCAGCUUCAACAGGGGCAGCUUCUACUGGAGCUGCUUCUUCGACAGGAGCAGCUUCUACAGGGGCUGCUUCUACUGGAGCUGCUUCUUCAACAGGAGCGGCUUCUACAGGGACUGCUUCUUCGGCAGGGGCGGCUUCUACUGGAGCUGCUUCUUCUACAGGGGCUGCUUCUUCGGCAGGGGCGGCUUCUACUGGAGCUGCUUCUUCGACCGGAGCGGCAUCUUCAACAGGAGCAGCUUCUACAGGGGCUGCUUCUACUGGAGCUGCUUCUUCAACAGGAGCGGCUUCUACUGGAGCUGCUUCUUCAACAGGAGCGGCUUCUACUGGAGCGGCUUCUUCAACAGGAGCAGCUUCUACUGGAGCUGCUUCUUCGGCAGGGGCGGCUUCUACUGGAGCUGCUUCUUCAACAGGAGCAGCUUCUACUGGAGCUGCUUCUUCAACAGGAGCGGCUUCUACUGGAGCUGCUUCUUCAACAGGAACGGCUUCUACUGGAGCGGCUUCUACUGGGACUGCUUCUUCGACAGGAGCGGCUUCAACAGGGGCGGCUUCUACAGGUGCUGCUUCUUCGACAGGAGCGGCUUCUACUGGGGCUUCUUCUUCGACAGGAGCGGCUUCAACAGGGGCGGCUUCUACAAGGGCUGCUUCUUCGACAGGAGCGGCUUCUACUGGAGCUGCUUCUUCGACAGGAGCGGCUUCUACUGGAGCUGCUUCUUCGACAGGAGCGGCUUCAAUAGGGGCUGCUUCUUCAACAGGGGCAGCUUCUACAGGGGCUGCUUCUUCAACAGGAGCGGCUUCUACAGGGGCUGCUUCUUCGACAGGAGCGGCUUCAGCAGGGGCAGCUUCUACAGGGGCUGCUUCUUCGACGGGAGCGGCUUCUACUGGAGCUGCUUCUUCGGCAGGAGCGACUAUUACUGGGGCUGCUUCUUCGACAGGAGCUGCUUCUGCAGCAGGAGCUGCUUCUGCAGCAGGAGCUGCUUCGGCUGGGGCAGCUUCUUCAACAGAGGAGGCUUCGACUGGCGCAAGUUCGGCUGGCGCAGGUUCUGCGGCCGGUGCUUCUUCUACAGGAGCAACUGGAGCUUCAUUGACAUGAUUUACUUCAGGGACUUCAUCAGCUUGUGGGGUGGAGGGCAAUCUGCUGAGAGCAGCGGUUAUUGCAUCCUUUGAUGGCUUUGGAGAAAUUGGUGGUGGACCAACAGGCGACGGUUCUGUUAAACAAUCUGCAUUUUCCGAAGCCAUCUCACAUG